UGAAGAGAAAGAAACUGUGGGAGUUUGCAGAAGAGAGAAAGAUGGCGAUGGCGAAAGAGAAAGAGGAGGAUGAAGAGCACAACCGAAAGAGGAUGAUGCAGUUGUUGCAAUUGGAGAAGACGAGAGUGAGCUUCCUUUGAAGCCAGGGAUCUUCUUCUACCCAGCAACACCAACCUCCUUUGUUGUUUGUGAUGCGCUUGAACCUGAUUUCCCCAUCAUCUAUGUCAACAAGGUCUUUGAAAUCUUCACCGGUUAUCGUGCUGACGAGGCUCUCGGUCGAAACUGUCGGUUCUUGCAGUUCAGAGAUCCUCGAGCUCAGAGGCGGCACCCUCUGGUGGAUCCUGUUGUUGUGUCUGAGAUUAGAAGAUGCCUUGAGGAAGGCAUUGAGUUCCAAGGUGAACUUCUGAAUUUCCGAAAGGAUGGUACUCCUUUGGUGAAUAGACUCAGACUUGCACCAAUUCAUGAUGAUGAUGGAACUGUGACACACGUAAUAGGUAUCCAACUAUUUUCUGAGGCAAAUAUAGAUCUGAACCGCGUCUCAUACCCAGUCUUCAAAAAGACUUGCAAUCAAGAUUUCGAUAAGACUGGUAAAUUCCCUCCUAAGAGUGGACAAACAUUGUACAGUCAGCACCAAGAGCUGUGUGGCAUUCUUCAGCUUUCUGAUGAAGUCUUAGCUCACAACAUUUUGUCACGUUUGACACCAAGGGACGUUGCAUCCAUCGGGUCUGUAUGCAGGAGGAUCCGCCAACUGACAAAGAAUGAGCAUGUCAGGAAGAUGGUGUGUCAAAAUGUGUGGGGAAAAGAAGUCACUGGUACCUUGGAAUUGAUGACCAAGAAGUUAGGAUGGGGUCGUCUAACACGGGAACUUACUACUCUCGAGGCAGUUUGUUGGAGAAAACUGACAGUUGGAGGAGCAGUGGAACCUUCACGCUGCAAUUUCAGCGCUUGCGCCGCAGGGAAUCGUCUUGUACUGUUUGGAGGUGAAGGAGUAGAUAUGCAACCUAUGGAUGACACUUUUGUGCUAAAUCUUGAUGCUAAAAAUCCAGAGUGGCGCAGGGUUAGCGUGAAAUCAUCCCCACCAGGAAGAUGGGGCCACACACUCUCUUGCUUAAAUGGUUCUUGGUUGGUGGUUUUUGGUGGAUGUGGUAGGCAAGGAUUGCUCAAUGAUGUGUUUGUCCUUGAUUUGGAUGCUCAACAGCCAACAUGGAGGGAGGUCUGCGGUGGAACCCCACCACUUCCAAGAUCUUGGCACAGUUCUUGCACAAUCGAAGGGUCAAAAUUGGUUGUCUCUGGUGGGUGCACAGACGCUGGGGUUCUUCUUAGUGACACGUAUCUAUUGGACCUUACAACAGGUAAUCCAACAUGGAGAGAGAUUCCAACAUCAUGGGCGCCACCUCCUCGUUUGGGGCACUCACUGUCAGUCUAUGGGAGGACAAAGAUUCUUAUGUUUGGUGGACUUGCCAAGAGUGGACACUUGCGCUUAAGAUCAGGGGAGGCUUACACCAUUGAUCUAGAAGAUGAACAACCACACUGGAGACCACUAGAAUACAGUGCCUUCACUGGAGUAGCUAGUCAAAGUGCUGUGGUUCCUCCUCCUCGGCUAGAUCAUGUUGCUGUCAGCAUGCCUUGCGGAAGAAUAAUUGUUUUUGGAGGUUCCAUUGCAGGUCUUCACUCACCGUCUCAACUCUUUCUGUUGGAUCCGGCUGAGGAGAAGCCUUCAUGGAGGAUCCUCAAUGUUCCGGGGCAACCACCUAAAUUUGCUUGGGGUCACAGCACUUGUGUGGUCGGAGGAACAAGGGUUUUGGUGCUGGGCGGACAUACUGGAGAGGAGUGGAUACUGAACGAGUUGCAUGAAUUAUGCUUGGCAAGUCGACAGGAUUCUGACCUGUGAUGAGUUGCCUAACUGAAUGCCUGGACCAAAUUAUCCCAAGACAACAUUUAGGUCCCUGAAAGGGUUUUGUUGGGUAUCCUUUCUGCCUCUAGCAGCAGCUUGGUUUUGUUUACAAACUAUUUUAUGAAUGUUGUAUGGAAUGUCUAUUAGUAUUAAUACUGUUUUUGAAUUAAAAUAUAUAUAUAUAUAUAAUAUAUGAUC